GUCCUCGUAGGGAAUGACGACAGAAACUCAGUGGUAAAGCAUGUUGUUUAUGGACUACUGACAAGGUAUCUGCGUUUCUUGCCACAAACUCACCAGGGUCUGGUGUGUAUGAGAACAGAGGUGUUUGGAGUGAAACAAAAGCCAGGUAUAUGUGCAGGCAUGAUAAUAUUACAUAAUCAAAGGAAAGUCAAUAUAUACAUUUGUCAUAUUGCUGGCAGUGCCUGUGAGCAAUAUAAAACAAAUCCUGUGUUCUGAUUGGCUACCUGAGCUGAUCUGGUCUGCUCUUUGAUCCUGUGUAAGAAAAAGUGGACUUAAAAAGUUAGUAACCUUUGCAUAAUGGCAGUGAUAAAGUUGCAAAAAGUAGCAGAAGAUAGUCAAAACAAAAAAAAAAUGUAAGCAACCUUUUUGGGUUUAUUAUGCUAAAACACAGUUAGCUUUCUUUCCUGGCUCAUGAAAUAAACAAGACAUUCUUGAUUCUUAGUAAAGCAAAAUUUUAGCUGUAUAAUAAAUUCUUUAUUGACCAAGCUUGUUCAGUUAAGAUGGCUGGAUAUUAGCUUGGUUAUUUUUUCCAUUUUUGUGGACCUUGACUUUGUCUCAGUCAAUAAAAUUAUGAAGAAAGGAACUUGGCUGGUAUACAGCCAUCUUGACCUCACACUUGGUCAAUAACCCAUUUAUAUAUGCAGAUUUUAUAUUCUGGUAUUCUUUGAUACUUUUUUAAAGGGUUUGCUUGCUUAGCAAGUUUAUUGUUCAAAAUGAAGUUUCUUUGAAAUUAUCUUUGCGGGAGGUUUUGUCAAUGUUAAGUGAAAUAUAGACAAACAAAGGCUUGACAAAUUGUAGUAUGUUGCAAUUGUUAAAUAAACUGAAUAACUAGGCAAAAGGUAGCCAUUUUAUAACAGAACUGAGGAAAUGAUAGAGAUAGCUUUCAUCUAAAAUGGGUAAAUCAUAAGCUAUUGUAGGAUUGAACUAUAACAUGAAACUAAUUGGCACAAAUAUCUCCUACAUGACACUAUUUGGUUCAGAGAAGUGUAGGUACAGUACAACUACAGAUAACAAAAAAGGUGUGGAAGGAAAGCCAAGAAUUUUGGAAAAUAACUACACAACUAUUUUUCUUUUGUUAUACAAUCUCUUGAGUGGAACCACUCUGUUACAAUCAUGGUAAGUUUUUCCUGGCCCAUGUGGUAACAUUUUCUUCAAUAUUUGUUCACAGAGAACCUUGCCCUGAGGAAGGCUACAGCUCAGUCUUCAACAUUCAACAAUAUUGCUGACAAUGUUUAUGGUGUGUCUGGAAACGCAGUGGAUGGAAAUCCUGACACUAACUUUUUAAAAGGGAGCUGUUCACAUACAUCAAAAGAAAACCCCAGUUGGUGGAGAGUGGACCUGGGUUCAGACCAUGUUGGUGUCUCUGAAAUUCAUAUAGUCAACAGGUUCUCACAGCACGUGGUAACUGAAGACUACAAAAUAACAUUUGGUGAGUUUUAUUACCCUUUAAUUGAAUGUAAGGUCAACCAUGCAUACAUCACCUUAUAAUCAGCUGCUAAACAACAGGCCAGUUUGGAUGUUACAGGAAUUUUUGAAACCUCGGCUAAGCUGUAUUGACCUUGUUAUUAAUCAGCCCAGAUGUUUUUUACUUGUCAUUGCUCAGUCAAUACAAGGCCUCAGUUUAAGAUUUUCUCUCAAGGUCUAUUCUUGUACAUGUACAUGUAAAUGGGACUGGAGUACUGGAACCAGGGUACUCAAGUGUCAUCAUUUGUCUACACUGUACCUUCACAUGGGACACUCAGAAGUUGACCUCCAGUAAUAAUUUUUUUACCUGGCCACUCUGUUAAGGCUAUUAUGACACUUAGAAAAUUAAUGCAAUUAAAUCCUUGUUUUGGCAGUUUUAAUAUCUUUUUUAUAUGCCAAAUAACAUUUCCAGGAUGUUUACUUUGUUAAAGAAUCUAUUACAAAUUGAUCAUGUUUGCCACAUGGAACCAAACUCUACUAGUAAUUCUGACUUUCAGUGCCUCAUAAUCUGCAGGUGGCUCUGAUGAUGUGUCACUUAACCCCCCCUGUGGAGGACUCUAUGAUUUUCAUAACUUCACUGCAUCAGCUGUUUGUUUUACCAAUCCACUGAAAACUGGUAGAUAUGUAGGGAUUUCAACCACAAAGGAACAAAGUCUUCAGCUUUGUGAGGUAGAAGUCUAUUCACGAGGUAACUUUUCACUUAUUCUUUCUACUAAACUUAAUGUAGUGGUGAAGUCACUUUUCCUCUUUUAAAAAUUGACUCAUCCAAGACUUUUUUAUAUAUCUCAAAACAUAUACGUACUGAUGUAGUUUGAACAUACUUAUGUUUGCAUGUUUAAUGUGCAAACUGUAUUUACCAUAAUUACUACAGCCAAAAGUCACACUGAAUUUUAAGUUGCACAAAAGCCUUGAAAAGGACACCUGAUUUUAUAAUUAUAUUGAUAAACAAUGGAAUGUAAUCAAAAGUAGUUAAAUCAACAAGUGCCCUUGGAAUAUGUUCUUGAAGAGUGGAUAAAUUGAGACUCUUGUUUAAUCUCACAGAAACCCUUUAACCAUAAAGAUCUUAGAAAAGUUUUGUUGGGAAUUAUUUUAUAGUCAUGCUUGUGAGAAAUGUCUUUUGAUAAGUAAUUUAAAUAUAGGUUUAUUUGCUAUUUGAAUAUAUGUAUAUAAGCACACUUUUCCUUUCUUGAUAUUUGGGUCUUAAAACUUACCUUUGGUCUGUUGCCUUAAUAUUAAGUGUCUAAGAAUGGUACAAUUUAUCUUUGAGUAUGUCAGCAAUUUUAAAUCUUCAAUUGUACAAUCAAUCAAGCAAUAUAAGUAUGUCUCUCUAUUAAUUUACCUGUUAAAGAUGACCAGUAGAAUUUAUAUAGUAGUACAUUGUAGCUUAAGAAUUGAGUAAAAUGCCAUAAUUACAAUGGAGGUAUAUUUUUUAUUUCAAAAUUUACACAUACACCUGUGCAUGAUUUUUUUCUUAUAUCAAAGUUAUUACAGUUUGGUGUCCUUUGCUUUCCAGCUUUUUGGCAAAGGCUGGUACAUCUGUAGGCUGCCCAAAAUGUAAUAUCUACCAUCAACCAGUUUUUUAAAAAUACCCUUUGUUUUAAUUUUUCUAUGUAAUGUACAGUGUAACAAACAUAUUCAAUACAACUCCAUGCAACUGUCAUUCUAUGAUCAGUAUGCAGACAGCGAUCAUCUUUGUCUAAGGAAACUUUUCUUUUUUGUGUGUGUGUACAUUUUCUCCUAGAAAAUCUGGCAUUUCGAAAACCAACAUAUCAGCAGACAAAGACAUUAGAAAAUGGCACAAGUGAUAGAGCGGUUGAUGGAAAUAGCAAUAUGGACUUUUGGGGUGGAUCAUGUUCAUUUGUGCAAAAGAAUCCAUUUCCAUGGUGGAGAGUGGAUCUAGGACAAGAUGAGAUUGUGACUGAAGUGUAUGUGGUCGGUUUACUUGAUGUAGAUCGUCUGAGACAAUUUGAGAUCAGAGUUGGUAGGUUAAUACUCUUACAGUAAUGGUUAUUUUUGAAGUGGUCAAUGCACUCUUAGCUUAAUGUCCUCAAGAAAAGAGGGGAAAAUGGUGUGCUGUGGUUUCUGGCUUUGACAAAAGCUGGAUUGGACUAGGUUGGAUCAUGGUCAGGAUCAGGGAUCAGAUCAUUGGUUGCAUCACAGACCAAAAAAAAAAGGUUUAAAAAAUUAACCCAAAAAAAAAAAAAUAUAUAUAUAUAUAGAGUCUAUCUUAGCAUAAAGUGCUCAAUGCUGUGGUAGCAGAGCUAAGUAUACAUAAGUUAAAGAAUUAAAGAGAACGCGUCAAUUCUCUGUCUGAAUCAAUGCGUCCUCUUUAAUUCUUUAACUUGUGUAUAUAUAUGUAUACACAUUAUAUUAUAUAUAUAUAUAUAUAUAUAUAUAUAUAUAUAACUGUUUUUAAAAUAAUAAUAAAUAAAAAUAAGAUUGAAAAACUAAAACAUGUUAAUUUAUAUUAGAAAUGUUGCAUGACAAGCCAAAAUGAAAUCUGUGUGACGUAAAAAAUUGCUUUACAUAAAUUGCACACAAAAGUUAUGUAUUUCAGCUGUCAUAUUUAAACCAUUCUUACUCCUCACCAAGCCUCUUCUUUUGCAUGUGGUUAGUAAUAUUGAAUGUGAGGUGAUAUGAAAAAAAGUUAGUUAAAUGCAAGAAGAUUUCAUUUUCAAUGUGAUUUACAAAAUAUGGUAAAAUACUUCUCCAGGAAACCAAAGUGCUCGUUUAUGCUUUGGUCAUGGUGAUAUAAACAAGUGCUAAUAAACUUCGCAGCAUAUGAUUUCAUUUUGCUCUGCAGUUUUUUUAAUUCCCCGUGUUUUCAAUACAUUCUCAGAAAUAAUAGAUUGAGAAAUUUCUAUCUGUUUGAAUGUUACUUCUUUGAGUAGAAAUGAUGAAAAAUCUGAUUUUUGCCCGUGCAAAUGGAGAGUAGACUCAUACACAUAUAAAUACGGUAAUAACUGACUGAUGAAGUGAUUCGUACCUCUUGCUAGCCUUUGUCCAUGGUGGCACUACACAAAACUCCUGGACUUUUACUUUGAGGUAAUUUGGUAUUAUUAAUGAGUUGAUAAUGUAAAUUGGCCUCUGUUAACAUUUCAGAAGCUGAUGUUUCAAGUGUUAGCCCUUUGUCAGAGGGAAACAUUCCUUUGUCAUUCACUCUGACAAAGGGCUAACACUCAAAAUCUCAUCUUUUAAAAUCUGAACAGGGGCCAAUUUAUUUGUAUUAUCAACUCAGUUGAUAAUACCAAUUUACCUAGUCAUAUUCUCCCACCGACACAGCACCACGGUUUCUUCAGAGACUUAGCCCCUUAUUCAUUUAAUCUUAUAUUUUGUUUAUUAUUAAUUUUUCAAACCUUUUUUUUCUGAUCCAUAAUCCAAUCUGAUCUGGUCCUGGUUUUUGUCAAUGCUGCUGUGGUUUCCACAUUCUUGUCAACCCUCAGCCACAGCUAUUUCUGUUUGAACAUGCAUCAUAUAAUUGCUGUUAGGUUUAGAUGUUGGUGUUUUGAUUUGACAGUUGUACACAUAGAUACCCUUACAUGGUUGUGCUCUGCUGGUUCCUCUUUACCAAAAGGAACUGAGUUUUAGCUUCAGGCAACUGGAAAACAUUGCCAUUUUACUGAGCGGGUUGGCUGGCUGUGCUCUUUUUACUCUCUUUUCAAGUUGGAUGCAUGAUUAUGUUCAUUGGCUAAAAUCAUUAGUUUUUUUAUUGUUCCACAUGAUUUAACAAUAAAUGUGUAACAUGAGUCUGAGAAAUGGCACAGAUGUAAACAUGUCCUAUUUUUUAAUUUAAUGUUAUACUUUAUAGUCCAUUUUUAUCCUUUUGAUUAAAAUCACUUAUACAUUUACCAGUGUUUGAAUGAAGUAUAGCAUAUGAAAGUUUUUCUCCAUGCAAAUUAGUCAUGUUUUCCCAUCACUUGAUAUAUUUUCUUCACUGAGUUUUGUGGCCUGUAGACAGUUUCCCUAAUUAAACUCAGUGACAUUGAAAUGGCUGCUGCCAAAUGACAAAAGGGAAGAAUCUUCAUAAUUUGAAGGAACAGGAGCAGUUUUGAUAGUUAAGGGGCUACAUUGAAAUUUUAUUGGGAGCUCCGUCUUGAUGAUGUGUAAAAUAACUGCCAGACAACCACAAGUAUUGGCAGGGACUAGCUUAUUACAAAUAAUAAUACUAAUAGCAGUAUCUAUUUCUGGUAAUAGGCCAUUUUACAGUUGUGUACUUAGUUGCCAAGCCUUUGAUUUGGAGUGAGGCUGAAGGUGACCUUGUUGUGUUAGAGACCAGAAUCUAGUUAGCAUGAGAAAAAAUUAAUUUGCAUUUCAAAAGCAGCAAGGUUUGUAUCAUAACAAGGUCACCCUUAGCCUCACUCCUGUUCAAAGGCAUGGCAACCAAGCACACAACUGUAAAAUGGACUAUUGGCUUGUAUUACUAAGCAUCAUGCCCUUGCUAUGCAUAACAUUUGAGUCAGUCUAGCCUACGCACUCGAAAAAGGGCAGCUUUUAUUAAGGCAAAGGCUCACUAGGGAGGUAAAUCUUGCUUGUUUUGAAAGUGGAUAUCUCUAUUUGAUCGGUAUAUGUCUUAUUUUACAGUCAUCUCUUUGAAGUUGUUUGCACUUUUUAACAGUGAUUUAUUAUUACGAUAUUCUUUCAGGCACAGUAUCAAGUAUUACUGAUACUAGUAUGACUAGUCCCAAAUGUGGUAGGGCAGCUACUCAUAACCUUCCUAAAGGAGUAGGUUUGUCAUUCUUCUGCCAUCCUAGUUUGAAAGGAAGAUAUGUCACCAUCAGGGAUGUUAGGGGAGGUAGAUCGGGAUUCAAUCUUUGUGAAGUUGAAGUGUAUUCAGAACAAAGAGGUAUGGCAUAUCUGGAUAUUUUGAAGAACUACUAUUAACUGCUACCUUACUGAGUUGGGGUUCCAAUCUACAUUCUCAGGAAAAUUUGCUAUUUAAUUUCUGUAUGUAGACAUGUAGGUACUUCAACAUUGUUAAAUAAAUGUAAACUGGUUGUGUGUAGCAGAUAAGUAUGAUAGUUUGGUUUAAAAGUUGAUAUAUUAUAUACAUGUACAUGUAUAAAUGUAUGUUGUGACCUAUUUAAACAUAAAUGCUACAAAUGAAAAAUGUGGCCCUUUGUGAAACUUUUAUUAUUAACCUGUAAAUCAGUAGUAAAGAAUAAUGGAGUGGUUGUGUAGUUAGCUGAUGGUGUAAGAAGACCACAUUCAGCACAUGCAGCACACUUGUGAUUGUUACUGUACAUGCAUGAUAAACUGAUUUGCUGGGUUGAAACCACAGUUUAUGGUAAUUAUGAUUGUCUAUUAACAGCAUGUCACAGUCAGGCCAUUGGUGUGACCAGCAGUGAUGCAAUUCCAGAUGGCAGCUUCUCAGCCUCAUCAUCUUAUAAUAACAACCGCAGACCUUCGGUUGGUCGUCUGAAUCAAAAUAGCUGGGGUUGGUUACCAAAGACUAACACCAAUCAUUCUGACUACCUACAAAUUGACCUGCUGUAUGAUUAUGUUAUCUGUGCUGUAGCUACCCAAGGAGCUAAUGGUGGUGAUCAGUGGAUAACAAAGUACAAGAUUCAGUUAUCAUUGAAUAGUACCACCUUUAACAUUUAUAGAGAAAACAACACUGAGAAGGUCAGUUUGAUCUAAUUGAAAUAUCGUGCUUAACUUGGUUGCAUUUUUUUUCAUAUAUUUUGUUCAUGUAGUUACAUAGAAAUACACUUAGUCAAGCCUAAUUUUAUGUAAAACAGAAGAGUAAUGAACAAUUAUUAUGUGAGAGGAUUUUAGCAUUUUAUGAUGUGUAAAUUUGAACCAGUUUUAUUACCAGGUCAAGUAUUGGUGGAAAUGAGUGAAAAAACUGAAAUGAACUGCAUAGGUCAGGCCUUUCAGGCUUUGAAAUGCUUAUUUUUUUUAAGGUGUAAUGUAGACCAGUGUUUGAUAACCUCUGAAUUGACUCAUUUUGUGAUUAAAACUAUUUUUGUUAGAGUUACAGCUGUAGAUUAUCCUCUUUCAGCACUGUUUCUGUGAUGGUGUUGCUUAAUUUUUAUUGGUUGGAUAUAGGCUUGCUGAUAUUCAAGCCAAGGAAAAGUCUGCAGUUACUUGUGCAUGGAAAGUUCAAAUUUUUUCGUACUUACAGUACAGCUCAUUCUGUAUGCAAAAAGCAGGUUAAAAAAAUAGUGUGCACAGGUACAGGUAGUAGUGUAGUGUUGCAGAAGUGAAUAAACAUGUCCAUGUAUAUCACUGUUCAAUUUUAUUUACUUUGACACAUAUGACUUGCUUUUGCAGAAAGCAUAACUUAUUGCUUUUUGCAACCUUUAAUAUUUUAGGUCUUUAAUGGAAACUCUGGGAGAAAUGACAUAGUAAAACAUGGUCUGAGGGAGUAUGCUUUGGCAAAGUUCAUCCGUUUUGUGCCAACAGAGUACUAUGGUUUUAAGGCAUUGAGAGUGGAAGUUUAUGGAGUUCUCCUAUCUACAGGU